ACGACUCCCAGCAUUCCCCACUCCGCUGCCGCCGGGCGUAUUACUGAGUGGGGAGAGUCAGAAUUCCCCGCGCUGGGACGCAGUUGGACGGCAUAGGUGGGCGUGUAGGGCCUGGGCUGCACAGCCUGAGGGUCUGAGAGGCCUGUUGGUGAGAGGCUAUCCCGCCGAUCCUGCGGCGCCGAGAUGGAAAGCAGGUGCUACGGCUGCGCUGUCAAGUUCACCCUCUUCAAGAAGGAGUAUGGCUGUAAGAACUGUGGCCGGGCCUUCUGUAAUGGCUGUCUUAGCUUCACUGCUCUGGUUCCUCGGGCUGGCAACACUCAACAGAAAGUCUGCAAGCAGUGCCACACAGGCCUGACCAGAGGGUCUUCUGACAAUGCCUCCAAGUGGUCGCCGCCUCUGAACUAUAAGAAGCGUGUGGCAGCCUUGGAGGCCAAGAAAAAGCCCAGUACUUCUCAGAGCCAGGGCCUGACCCACCAAGACCAAGCCAUUGCUGAGCGCCUAGCCCGGCUCCGUCAGGAAAACAAACCCAAGUCAAUACCCUCCCAAGCAGAGAUAGAGGCACGGCUAGCUGCACUGAAGGAUGAAGUCCAGGGCCCCAUCCCUUCCACACAGGAGAUGGAGGAUCGGCUUGCAGCCUUACAGGGCAGAGUCCCACCUUCUCACACCGUGAGGCCGGCACACCAGGCACCCGAUGCCAGGACCCAGGCCCAGCAGACACAGGAUCUGCUGACACAGCUGGAAGCUGAGGUGGCUAUUGAUGAAAGCUGGGAACGAAGGGGCCCAGCGGCCCCCCUCCAGAAUGACCUCAACAAGGGAGGUACAAAGGACCAGAGCACAAAUUCCCAGGGGCAGGCCAGCCAGUCCCUGGAGGAAAAGAAGAGUAAGCUGCUGGCUGAGGCAGCAGUUGAGCUACGGGAGGAGAACAGCAGGCAGGAACGGAUCCUGGCUCUGGCCAAAAGGUUGGCUAUGCUGCAGGGACAGGACCCCAACAGAGUGACCCUCCAGGACUAUCGCCUCCCAGACAGUGAUGAGGAGGAGGAUGAAGAGACAGCCAUCCAGAGAGUCAUACAGCAGCUCACUGAGGAAGCUGCCCUGGAUGAGGCAAGCGGCUUUAACAUCCCUGUGGAACCAGCUCCCAGACCCAGGGCCCAACCCUGCAGCACAGAGACUGAGGCUGAGGAAGAAGAGCUCCCCUGGUGCUGUAUCUGCAAUGAGGAUGCUACGCUGCGCUGUGCUGGCUGUGAUGGAGACCUCUACUGUGCCUGGUGCUUCCGGGAGGGCCACGAUAAUUUCGAUCUUAAAGAGCAUCAGACUUCUGCCUACCACCCCCGACCUCCUGGCCGAGAACACUGAGGAACACCUGGAUGAUCCCCGGAGGUGGCAGUGCCACAGGCAGCCAGCAGGCUGGGGUAGCCAGCUGGGCCCAGUCUCAGGGCAUCAGUGGGAUAGCAGAUCCCACUCUUCUGAUGGAAAGCACACCCUUUUGGGAGCUUCAUUAUCCCUGGAAGGAAGAAGUCCACUGAAAGAUAAUGACUCUUAGAGAAGCCAGAUGAAAGGAGGAAUCAGGGCCCUUCUCUGAGAGGCUGGCUCACACUGAUAUUAUGGAAAAGACCAGACUGUACCUAGAAUGAGGCCCAGCCAUGGCCUAUACUGGAUCUAAUAAAAUAUGUUAUUGAGUCAUUAA